AUGACAGUGUUUGGUAUUUUAAAACACCUUGUUCCAUUCUUCCUAAACAGAAGAAUUCCAAUACUUCCUAGCGAUCCAAAGAGGAGAAUAGCAACUAUCCUGUUUUUCAAUAAAAAGGUCCCUGUUCUCCAAGAAAAAGGUCUCAACAGUUCUUACUUACCGAACAUUCCAAAGAAGAAAAUGUCAUCCCAAAGUAAUUACGUGCAUUACAAAUUUUUUUGUAAAUGCAGACAAGAAUUUCAAUCCUUUACGGAAUUUCUUAAUCACUUAAAGGAUUCUCACCAAAUUGAAGAGGUGAAUAUGCCUGAAAUUUUAGCCUCAGGAAAUGGUCGUAAGAUAGGCAUUAAAUUUUAUUGGCAUCUAUCUUGUCAAUGUGGACAUAAAUUUUCUUCCUCCUUAUGUAAUGCUGACUUAAAAGUAAAAGAGAAACAGAUAGACUUAGUGAAACAAUAUCAUUUGGAUUGUAAAAAAUGUGGUAAAGUUGCUCGAUUUGAUAAGAAAGAAUUAUUGAAUCAAUUUCUUAAAGAAAGAGUUAAACAAAUAUUGAUUUAUAGUUUUUAUAGAAGAAAAUUUACUCAAUUUACCGGUGAACAUAGUGAAAAAAAAUUGAAGGGUCAUAGGCAAGACCUUUGCGAAAAAUGUAAAUCAUUAAAUAGAUAUUGUGGUGAACAAUAA